AUGCACUAUUCCGCUCACUUGCUCUGUGUGAGCUUCCCCACUUCCUUAAAACCUCCCCCUCGCCCCCCCCUUCACCCCGUGCUGGCACACAUCCGUAGAUUUGCACAAACUGAGUGUACUGCGCAACAAGGCUGCUUUUUCCUAGUGUCCCCUCUCAUGGAGGUGGCUUCCGCAGCACGCGCUGCGGCAGCGUCGCCGUUGCCGUCGCGAACGACUGAGGUACUUGUCGCCCUGGCUCACCGUGCGGACCGGGCACAACGCGAGCUCAUCACAACGCACCACGCCUUCGUGUCGAGUCGUACGCAGCGCCUGCACGGUGCCCUCUCGAUUGCCGUUGCACACGCGCAGCAGGUGCUUCGGGCAUUAGAGGCGGUGCGAGAGCAGCGGGACCGUGAGCGACACCAGGGACACCAGCAGCGGUCAGGGCCUUCGGCCUCUCCCUCUACUCAGGCUGCACCACCUUCUGAGGAGAGUCGGGCACCGACGAAAGAGGAGCACCAACUGCACAUGCGAUUGGAGAAGGCCCGUAUCGACCUUCGCCGCGUGCUUCCGCGCUCUGUGGCUGAAGUGGAGGACACGAGCAACGUCUGCGAAGGUGACAGGACGUCCACCUCAGAUCAAUCGGCCGCCAGGACCGCGGCGGCGCUUCGCUCGCUGCUCCACACGCGCUCCAUGCUUUCAGUGGAGCUCAAGAAGAUGGACACGGCGGUGCAGGGGCUUGCCGGCUCCAGUGAGUCUCUCGCGACUCUUCAGCAGUCACUGCAAGAUGUGCACUCAUCGAUGGAGAUGGCGCAGCGCAUGGUGCGUACACUGCUGAGAGUGCAGUCACGCGACGAUCUGCUGCUGCGCGUGUCUGCCGUGCUGUUCGUACUGGUGGUGCUCUACGUCGUGGUGCAUCGGGUAUUUCGCCUGUUUCCUACCACUGUGUACGUCACCGUGGCCGAGGCGUGA